AGCUUCCUGCACAGGGAGUGCCGGACGGCUCUGCCGCCCCAGUCCGGUAAUCUAUUGCGCUGAUCCCCGGCGUUUCUUAUCAGCCGUCUAAUAUCUUGCGCCAUGGAACCGGGCAGUGAGCGACUACUUGACAACCCUCCGCAAGAUGGCAUUUCCUCGCUCGCAUUUUCCCCCAGCAGCUCCAACCUGUUGUUGGUCUCGUCCUGGGACAAGACCGCACGUUUGUACGAUACAUCAUCAAAUGUAGCCAAGGGCAUCUGGCAGAAUCAUGCUGCCGUCCUGGAUUGCACAGUGCAGGACGAUCACACAGGAUUUUCGGGCGGACUGGACAGGGCUGUUCGCAAGAUUUAUUUGAACCAGCCAGAGGACCCUGGCCUGAAUAUCGGCAGCCAUGCCGGGGAAGUGAGCUGCAUGGAAUUCUCGAGGGAGCUGGGGGCUUUGGUAACCGGCGGAUGGGAUGGCAAUGUGCACAUUUGGGACCCGCGCAGCCAAGGAAGGGCGCAGAGUCUGCCGCCGUCGGAGAAGGUGUUCACGCUGGCGGUGUCAGGCCAGCGGCUAGUGGUGGGGACCUCGGAUCGGUCCGUACUCAUCUACGACGUCAGAAAACUUAGCGCGCCGGACGACCGUCGCGAGUCCUCCCUAAAGCAUCAGACUCGUUGCAUUCGUAUCGCCCCGGACCACAGCGGAUACGUGCUGGCCUCGGUCGAAGGCCGCGUGGCGGUCGAGUACUUCGAUCUUUCAACCGAGGUGCAGGCUCAGAGGUACGCGUUCAAGUGCCACCGGCAAGAUGACCUCGUCUACCCUGUCAACGCCGUCGCCUUCCAUCCCACGCACGGCACGUUCGCCACGGGGGGAUGCGACGCCAUGGUCUAUACCUGGGAUGGACAAAACAAAAAAAGGCUGGCGCACUUGGGUCCCUACAAGACUAGCAUCGCGGCCCUCUCCUACAAUUUUGACGGCUCCCUCAUGGCAAUAGCCGCUUCUUACACCUAUGAGGAGGGCGAAAAAGAGCAUCCGCCCGAUGCCGUAUAUUUACGAUGCCCCUUGGAGGGGGAAGUUAAACGAAAAGUAAAAGCAGGGGCAUGAGAUGAGUGGCUUUACAUGUAAUGCAAACAUUCAUAACAUACCGUCCAGAAGAAAUAACUUUUGUCUCUUCGUUAAACA